GAGAUCGUCUAGGAACGCCUGCGGCACUGUGUUCCCUCUGCUUGGGGCUGCGAACAGCCGCUGCCCGCCCUGUGGCCCCUGGUGCGUGGCCGCGGCGGGUUCCACUGCAGUGAGUUCAGGACAGCCUCGCAGAUGAGCGUCCUCUUUUUAAGACGAAUGCUUCUAGAAAGGGCUUGGAAGGAGAAGAAAGUGAACGAUAACGACACCAAAUCUUGUUUCUCUUUGCAUUAGCUCGCGGCGAGAGUUAAAAGUAAACCUUUGGGGUCCGUCACCGGGGUGGCCACUGUCAGAAACUGAUGAGGAGGCAGCAGGGACCUUUUAUCAACUCAAGCCAAGGGCGUGAAUCCUUCACCUGAGAUUACUCGAAUUUUCUUCUCGGGUCGCUUACUUUUUCUAAUAGUCAUGUCACAAAGGAAAUCACCCGACCAAAAAAGACCCCGCAGAAGCUUAUCUGCCAGCAAAACUACAAAAAGCCAAUCUCCUUCGAUUAUUUCGUAUUUUAACAGUGCACCACCUCCUAAGCUUGCGUGUUCAAUUUGUCAUAAAAUGGUGCCCAGGUAUGACCUAAUCAGGCACCUUGAUGAGUCUUGUGCUAACAACGGUGACGUAGUUCAGGUUGAUCCUGUUCACUCUGGUUUAACGAAUCCAAUCGUACCCAUGUCAGAUCUACCCAGUACUGCUUUAAAAAAAGUAACACCUCAGAAACUGUCAGCACGAAAGAGAAGUUUAGUCCCUGUCCAGUGUGGCUCAAAACUGGGCAUUCAACGGCAGACAAGUCCCUACUUUAAAGAUGAGAGCAGAUAUCAAAAUGAGCUUCCAAGUCAGAAUGUGGAAAUUAUGUCUUUGGGAAGUCUGUCGUCUAAAUUAUCCAGAAAAUAUGUAAAAGCUAAAAAAUCACCGGAUAAGAAUGAGGGACUAGCCAGUCACGGUUCACAGAGUUCCCCAUCCACACCUGGCACCAGCCUGGUUGAAAACUGUUCAGAGAUGGAGGACAAAGAUGAGGUUUUGAACACUUCCCAAAAGGAAAACAUCUUUUCGUGUGCGUCUCUAAAGGAAGAGAAUGCUUCAGGACAUGAGGUAAAGGGCAGUAAAACAAUGGAAGAUGAAAGCCAAAAAGCUUCCUUUGGGGAGCCAGCACCCACGCCUGCAUCUGCAGAUCAUGCUCCCAUAUUACGUUCAUCAGAUUUAACUCUUAGGGAGAACGUAAAGUCUGCUUCAGGAGACAGUCUUGUAAAGCAGGAGGAUGCCAGAGGGGUCGGGGUGGCCAUUGCUGGACAGCUUGAGGCAUGCAGCUAUGAAGAGACACAGAUGACUGUUGAUGCUGAGGUUAAAACAACCGUGUCGGGUGAUGACGUGAACUCAGACAGGCCCACGGACACUUCCAGGUUCUGUAACAACCAGGAGCUUCCUCGGGAGUACAGCUGUGGUGUGCCCAGUGAGACAGCCCAACCCCCACCCACUCCCCCGUACUACCUGAGGAGCUUCCUGGUGGUGCUGCAGGCCACCCUGGAGAACGAAGAGGACAUGAAGCUGUUCGAUGACCAGGAGAAGGGGAUUAUAAGCAAGUUUUACCAGUUGUCAGCUAGUGGUCAGAAGUUGUAUGUAAGACUCUUUCAACGUAAAUUAACCUGGAUUAAGAUGAGUAAAUUGGAGUAUGAAGAGAUUGCCUCAGACUUAACCCCUGUGGUUGAAGAAUUAAAGGACUUGGGCUUUUUACAGACAGAAUCUGAGUUGCAAGAACUGUCUGAUGCACUUGAACUCCUUUCUGCUCCUGAACUGAAAGCCCUGGCCAAAACCUUCCACUUGGUGAGUCCCGGUGGGCAGAAGCAGCAGCUGGUAGAUGCCUUUCUCAAACUGGCCAGACAGCGCUCAGUCUGCACUUGGGGCAAGACUCAGCCCGGAAUCAGAGCAGUGAUUUUAAAAAGAGCUAAAGACUUGCUUGGACCAUCACUGCGAGUCUGUAAAGGCCCCAGGGCUGUGUUUUCCCGCAUCUUGCUGCUCUUUUCGUUGACUGAGUCCAUGGAAGAUGAAGAAGCUGCUUGUGGGGGUCAGGGCCAGCUUUCUACGGUGCUAUUGGUCAAUCUGGGCCGAAUGGAAUUUCCUCGCUACACCAUCAGUCGGAAGACCCAGAUCUUCAGGGACAGAGAGGAUCUCAUCAGAUACGCAGCGGCUGCACACAUGCUGAGCGACAUCUCAGCUGCCAUGGCCAAUGGCAACUGGGAAGAAGCUAAAGAGCUCUCUCGGAGUGCGAAAAGGGACUGGGACCAGCUGAAAAGCCACCCUUCCCUGAGAUACCACGAAGCCUUGCCACUCUUUCUGCGCUGCUUUACCGUCGGGUGGAUUUACACAAGGAUUUUCUCUCGGGCUGUUGAAAUACUGGAGAGACUUCACAUGUAUGAGGAAGCUUGCGAGGAGCUUGAAAACCUCUUGUCUCAGAAAAUCUAUUGUCCUGACAGCAGAGGCCGCUGGUGGGAUCGCCUGGCUCUUAACCUGCACCAGCACCUCAAGCGUCCAGAAGAGGCAAUUAGGUGCAUCAGCAAAGGCCUAGCAGAUCCGGAAGUGAGGACGGGACACCGACUUUCACUUUACCAGCGAGCUGUGCGCCUGCGAGAGUCUCCCAGCUGCAGGAAAUACAAGCACCUCCUCAGCCAGCUGCCAGAAAUCGCGGUGGGAGAUGUAAAGCAUGUAACCAUCACGGGCAGGCUGUGCCCACAGCACGGGAUGGGCAAGUCUGUGUUUGUCGUCGAGGCUGGAGACGCCACCAACCCCACCACAAUCUUAUGUUCUGUGGAGGAGCUGGCGUUGGACCAUUACAGACAGAGUGGCUUUGAUCAGGGGAUCCAUGGGGAAGGGUCCACCUUCAGCACCCUGUGUGGCCUCCUGCUGUGGGAUGUCAUCUUCAUGGAUGGGAUACCAGAUGUCUUCAGAAAUGCCUACCAGGCGUCCCCGCUGGAUUUGUGCACCGACAGCUUCUUCUCAAGCAGGGAGCAGGCUCUGGAAGCCAGGCUGCAGCUGAUCCACAGCGCCCCUGCUGAAAGCCUACAGGCCUUGGUGAUGGAGGCAUGGCAGGCCCAGCAUGGCAGAGUGGCUGCUCUGGUCAGUUGGGAUCGCUUUACUUCCCUUCAGCAAGCUCAGGAUCUUGUCUCCUGCCUCGGGGGUCCUGUCCUCAGUGGCGUGUGCAGGCGCCUGGCUACUGAUUUUCGGCACUGCCGAGGGGGCCUGCCUGACUUGGUGGUGUGGAAUUCUCAGAGCCAUCACUGCAAGCUGGUGGAAGUCAAAGGCCCCAGCGACCGCCUUUCAUGUAAGCAGAUGAUCUGGCUGGAUGAGCUACAAAAGCUGGGCGCGGAAGUGGAAGUGUGCCACGUGGUUGCAGUGGGUGCUAAGAGCAAAGGUCUUGGCUGAGCCGUGUCACACUGGGACAUCUGGCCAUCCACUGGGACAAGAUCUUCAAGAGGAUAAAGCUGUUUCCACGGUUUCCCUGACACCUGAGAUCGGAGUGACUCAUCAUUGUAUCUGUAUGUCACAAAGUGUGACAUCUGCUGGAAAACCCUGGAUCCACGGUGGGUGGGAGGCCUUGAAAAUGUAGACGUUUGGAUGGGCAAAUGCUUCCUCAUUAUAGGCUUUUUUAAAAAGCCAGAGGAAAAAAAAUGAAUGUCAUGAACUUAGUUGACACUUUUAGGUUUUUUGUUUUCUUUUUUAAUGUAAUACAAAAAAUAUUUCUCUACUAAAUGCGCUGACAAUGCCGAUUCCUGA